AUGACUCAUUCUAUUUUCUCACCUUCCCUUGUAUUCUCACUAAUUCUAUUCUUUGAUGUCAUCUUCAGAUUUGCCAGCAUGAAGGAGUGCAUAUUCAAGUUGAGUUGCCUCCUUUGCAGUACAUCUGCUUUGGUGUUUGAAAUCAUUCUUGCAAACAACCGAUGCUGGCGCCUUUGGGAAUUUGACGACAAGGUGGUGAAGUCUGUGUCCAUUGGACUCUGGGAAGCUUAUUACCCUCAGGACUUUAACAUCUCAGGGUCUGUGACCAGGAUGCUGGUUCACAUCCCUAUUGAUUCAACCUGGAACAAGUCAUCGGAAUUUCAGUAUUUACAAGCCCUGAUAAUGUGGGCCAUUUUGAUGAAAAUUCUAGUUGUGAUUUUCAGUUUAGUGGCCAUUAAGAUCAGCUGUAUGGAAGACCCAGUCAUUGAGAUCCAGCUAUUUUGCUACAAGAUGUCUGCCAUAAUUUUGGCUGUGAGCAGCAUUUUUACACUUGUUGCUGUGACCUUGAACCACCUGGUAGACAUUUAUGGGCAAACCACUCUUGACUUUCCACCUGACUUUCCCGUAAAGAAAGAAGACAUUGUAAAGAAACACUGCACAACUGUGUUCUCAAUGGGUGUCCUGACAGCCACGAUGUCACUCUUUGGUGUCAUUUUUUUCCUCUAUGAGAUGAUCUCUCUGACGGUACAGAGUCAGGUGAAGGCCCAGUGUGCUUCCGAACUGGCUGAGCAAAAGGCCUGA